GUUAUUUUAAACUGCUUCUCUGAAGAUACAAGUAUUCUAUUUUGAGAAGGUUUUUAUAGAAAUAGAAAAAUGAGCUCAGGAAGCCAGACCCGGAAGGUCCCACAGUGAUCAUUUAAUCUAAAUAGUCCCUUCACAAUUGAGGAAGGAAGGAGAAUGCCCACCAAGACUAUCACUAUGACCGAUGGGGACUAUGAUUAUCUGAUCAAACUCCUGGCCCUUGGAGAUUCGGGGGUGGGGAAGACGACAUUUCUUUAUCGAUACACAGACAAUAAAUUCAAUCCCAAGUUUAUCACAACAGUAGGAAUAGACUUUCGGGAAAAACGUGUGGUUUAUAAUACCCAGGGACCAAAUGGAUCAUCAGGGAAAGCCUUUAAAGUGCAUCUUCAGCUUUGGGACACUGCCGGCCAAGAGAGGUAA